CCCCUUUUCUGAGAGGGAAAAUAGCCAUAGUGGAGGAACCAGGGGUAUAUGACUCUCUCUAACUAUGCAGACGAACAAGCGAAAAACGUUGGCUGGCCGGCCUUCAGUCAGCGUCAUCCCACCGUCCCGCGAGAUUUUCUUAUUACGCGAAAACAGUUUUGGUAGGCACACAGUAAACACUGUUCUUGCCUUUACUGGCGAAUGCAAAAAGCACACUUAUCUCAGUAGUUCAUGGUUUAAACAUCGAAAUGGAUACCGUAGAAUUUUGGAUAUGGGAACAUGCUACCAAAUAUGGGAUGACCAAAAAAUAAAUUAUGGUUUUCCUGAAAUCAACAUACCAAAUAGUUGGUUGAGUGCUCUUUGCUUACAAGAAAUCAAGAACGAGUGGGGUAGAAAAGGCAGCCAAAUCACUCCAAAAGUGUUAAAUGCUUUACGAGAAAGUUUGACUAGUACUUUUAAGCUCUACAUCAAGGAUGUAAAGCAUGUUAUGAGAACUGCUGAUUGUAUCCAACUUGAGCUAUGCUGCAAGGCAGUUUUCCAUGUGAUGCGGUCAGCAAAUUGUACAUCUGCAGUGAAGUUACAGACAAAAGAAGCAUUUUUUCCUUGCUGGAAUGUGGCUCUUUGGACAAAAACAAAAAAUUCUUUUGGUCUAAAGGAUGACAUUUUCAUGGAGGAAAUCAAAUUUUUUUAUUCAGAGUUACGAUUAAAAUUGGGUCAAGUUGACCGUGAGAAAGAAAUAUUGGACACAUUCGGAGAUAUGAUGAAAAAGUAUUUCCCGUCACUAAUUUCCUUCAUGCGAAAAAUCAAACUUAGUAGACUGGAGAAAAUUCAAAAGAAUAAAACAAAGCUAGACAAACAGUUUGAGUUUUUGCGAGGCCGGUUAAGUAAUGGCUUCCUUAACGAGUUAAUAAUAUUAGAUGUGUUAGAAGAUGUUCAAAGAAAGAAGGUCACGGAGAAGGCGUUGAAAUUCUGGAAAGAGAGCAAACAAGUAGAAGCCACAAUGGACACUUCUAUAGAAGCUACGCUGUACGCCCUACCACCCGAUCCCAAAUUUACAAGCAACGACAAUCAAUUUUAUCCUCCCUGUUUUCUAACAAAUCCAUUUAUGCCAACGCAUAUUGUUCUUGAAAAUGGCGGCCAACUUGAGGCGAUUCUAAUCAAUAGAACUGUUCCACGAAAACCGAAUGGGGAAGCUUUCGGGCCCCAUUGGUUUGCUGAUACAAGAUUUCCUGUUAUUAAAUCCGAGAAAGACGACUUGUCGAUCGAUUGUAAUAGCAAAAAGGAAACAAGUAGCGUUUCCGAAAUAUCGAAUAUUGUUCCCUUUAUUGAGCGAAGAAUGGAGCGCUCUAUUAAACUCUCGUUGUAUACAGAUGACGGAUCAGAGAAGGAAGAAGUUUUAGUCCCAAACUCGUCUGAUGAGGAACCCGCACAGGGUCUAGUACGUCGUGAUGAAAUCGGAAGUCUAACGAGUUAUAACCUACCGAAAGGGUCAGAACGUGUUAACUCUGUUCAGUCAUGGGUCAAUAAUAGCCGUCCCCACAGCCCUUCUUCAAUUGAAAAUGAAAACGGUGCAUUAGAGGAAAAUUUAAAGAUUGCUUCCAGAGAGCUAACUAGGUGUAAAUCAGUACCACCUACCACGAAUCUAUCUUUACAUGAAGAAGACCAACAAGAAACUGUUGCGAAAGAAAAGGCAAGUGAAUGGGUAGAACCGGACGGCGAUAUAACUGAAUUCAAGUCUGGUGCCAUUACGUCUCUUGGUGAAGUUCAAAAAUCCUUUGUAGCCUACAUCCACACAACAGACACUGAUUUUGUAAGCUCUACGACCGCUUCAAGCUGCAACAGGAUCCAGACUAGAUCCCGUUAUAAACAAUUGACGGGACUAGCAAACUGGAAGAAAACGGAAAGGACUGAUUCAUGGAGUUAUGAGGGUGACAAUGACGCCGAAUUGAAUUCAUCACAUUACGAUUUUCCACGCCGUCUUCGCAGUCAGUCUCGAAUAGUUACUCCAGAUUCCGUGGCAGAAAAAAGGAGUACUCGGUUAAAGAGAAAAUGCCGUAAGUUGUCAAGUUCAACUUCCAGUUCUGACUGUUUAGCAAGCGCCAAGAGGUUCCAACUCGAAUCCCAGACUUCAGAUGGUGUACCGACUUCGUAUAGAACUGCAACUUCGACGGAUGCCAAAUCUGAAGAAUCGUCGAGUGGAGAAAAGAGAACUUGGCUGACUGACCGAGGGGAUGUAACACCACCUUUGGCAGAAGCAUCUUCUAAUUAUCAUACUCCUACCCAUCAAGUCGAUUCAGUUGUGACGGGACCUGAAUCCGAAACAAUCGGAAUGAGGACCGGGUUCAAACGAAAACUAUAUGAUGAUGCAGAGCUGGCUGAAGAUAACUCAAAGAGCAAAAGAAUCUCGGUAGAUGACAUGUCAAAUGGGAGGAAUACCUUACCAAUUGUUGUAGAAAAACUGAAACAACAUUGUGAAAAGCUGCGCAUGAGUGACGCGUGUUUUGCCGGACAUUGCGAAAAGCUCGAUUUGUGUAUUCAACGUCUCUCUUCAUCCCACCAAAAACUACUUAGGAAAAGUAAUGCAGUUCACGACUCCACUGAAGAAAGCAUAGUUCAAAAGAAGUCCCCCUUAAUGGAUUAAGAUGCAACCGAGUCCUUUAAUUAUAAUCUUUUGUUUAAAUAAAAAUUAAUAAUUUGUGUUGGA